UCUGGUCCUGAAACUGUUAUGUCGUAUAUUUAGUAGCUAUCCACAUAUCGUAAGAAAGAAACUGUCGCGUUCGUGAUUUACGAACAACAAAUGGCUAACGCAUUAGGCGCAGUUGAUUGGGAAGGUCAAGAUUCAAUGGAAACAAAAAGAAUAUAAUUGCGAGAAUUUUUGCGCUUAUAUGUAUUUAAGAAGACAAGCAAGACAUUUAGAAAAUGAAAUUGAUGCAAAAUUGGUAGCAUUCAGUAAGCUUGGUGUUAAUACUGGAUCCAAGCUUGUUAACUCUGAUGAAGUACCACUUUUGGAUGAAGAACAUGUUUUUGAAAACAUGGCUUCUGAAAUAGAAGCAUUGCUUGCUAAAUUAUUCUCUAUAAAUGAGAGAAUGGGCGAGUUACAGCCAAAUGGUGCUGCAAUGCUACACACAAUGCAACGUCACAAAGAUAUAUUGAAAGAUUACAAAUUGGAAUUCAGUAAGAUCAGAAAUAAUUUUGCAGCAAGAAAAGAUAGAGAAGAUCUAUUAGGAAGUGUUCGUAAAGAAAUUGAUAAUUACAAAAGUGCAAGCGGACUAAACCGUCGGGAAAUGUAUUUAAAAGAAAAUCAACACAUUCACAAUUCGGAUCGUUUAAUCAAUGAUCAGAUAAAUAUAGCGAUGGAAACGCGUGAUCAUCUGAUGACUCAGAGACAAACGUUCAAGCGUCUACAGACCAGACUUAACGAUAUUUCAAAUCGAUUUCCGGCGGUAAAUAGUUUGCUACAAAGGAUAAAUCUGCGUAAAAGACGAGACUCUCUUAUUCUCGGUCUCAUUAUUGGAUUUUGCACAUUUCUUAUGCUGCUAUAUGCUUUUCAUUAAAUAAUACCAAAGUACUUCCGCCCCUAUGAAGUUAAUAAUUCAUCGAUGGGAAUGCAUAUAUGUAGAAGAGGUAUUUGGUGACUGUAUUUUAUGACAUAUAACAGAUAGGAAACGUUGAAAUUGAAAAAAAAAAAAAAAAAAAUGCCUGGUUAUGCACGAUUAUGUGUAAAUGAAUUAUGAAUGGUCGAGUGAAUGUUUCUGUCCUUAUAAGAAAGUAAGAAGAAAUGUUAAAUUGUACAGUUUUUUUAUUACCUAACAUAAGUCGUGGGUCAAACCAUGUAAAAAAAAUUUAAUCCACGAUUGACAUGUUAAUAAACGUUAAAAUGAACGGUGGA